UAGCCAAUUUAAUGCAUUUAUAUUACUUCUGAGAUGUAUUUUCUGCUGCCAAUAGCAUCUGUCUUUGCUUUUUAUAGCCAUAGCCCUCUGCAAUAGCAUAUACAUUUGAAUUAUUUGUGACCCUGGAUAUAGCUCAGUUUUUCGAAAUUUAGAUUUUUACAUCAUCUGAAAGCUGAAUAAUUAAGAUUUCUAUUGAUGUAUGGUUUGUUAUGAUAGGAAAAUAUCUGUCGGAGAUACAACUGCUUAAAACUCUGGAAUCUGAGGGUGCAGAAAACUUGCCUUUGAAGUUGUUAAUCAGGCAGGCCAUCCACUCACAAAAAUAAAGUUUUUAUAUAUUUACGGUAUGAAAUUUACAAAAUAUCUUCAUGGAACAUGAUCUUUACUUAAUAUCCUAAUGAUUUUUGGCAUAAAAGAAAAAUCAGUCAUUUUGGCCCUUUUACUAAAAAUGUUCCCAAGCUACUUAAGACCGGUUUUCUGAUCCAGGGUCACGUUUGUGAUUUUGUUUACUAAAAAUAUUUGAAACCUCUCUCUGUUUUAAGUUUACUGUGAGAGCUGUGAAGGCUACGUGAAGAUGCAUGAGCUCUCGCAGCAGAAUAUCUCAAAUCAGUUCAAAUGCAUCUGAUAAUCCUAACUGGGGUUUACUGUCUUGCCCAGUGUACUUUGUGUUGCUCAACUGAUACUUGUACUCUGUUGUACAUUUGGUGAAUACUGUUUGUAUUGCAUUAAUGUACUUGCGAUAUUGGGCUAAUAAUAAACCAUAUAUUUUGCCAUUUAUUAAUAUGAUACUUUAAUAAUCUAUUGUACACAAAUAGAAUCAUAAAAAUCAUAAAAUUCAAUGCUGGAUGUUGACAUUUGUAGCCCCGCCCACAGAACGGAUUUUAGAAAGACCCGUCGCGCGGAUAUGGCAUCACCGUGACGCAUGGCGAGGUCGCGAGGAGCAGUGACCAGUGCUGAAAUCUGUUGACCAGCGAGUUUCUGCACGGAUCACUGACAAAAUGAGUCAGCGCACUGAACGACGGGGGAUCCAUGUGGAUCAAUCAGAAUUGCUGUGCAAGAAGGGCUGUGGUUACUAUGGAAAUGCUGCGUGGCAGGGUCUGUGCUCCAAGUGCUGGAGAGAGGAGUACCAGAAAGAUCGGCAGAGGCAGAUCCAGGAGGACUGGGCCCUGGCUGAAAAGCUCCAGAGGGAAGAGGAGGCAGCGUAUGUCAGCACUCACAGUUCCUCUCAAACCCAGCCUCCGCAUUCUCACUCCCAGCCCUCUCUCGCCACCUUUUCCAAGUUCGAGGAGAAGAAAACCAACGAGAAAACUCGCAAGGUCACCACUGUGAAGAAGUUCUUCAGUCCCUCUUCCCGCACAGCACCUAAAAAAGUCCCCCCUGAAAAAGAAAGUGAGAAAGAGAAGUUGCAGGGCAGGAGAGAGAGCCAUGGAGAAACCCUCCUGAGGGAUCUGAAGGGCAUUUUUACCCAGCCCUGGGAGAUGGGCUCGCCCACAGAAGCUCUGGUAUCGAGGCUGAGAGAGAGCCAUGAGGGGAAGACUCCGAGCCCCUCCAUCACACGUCAGUCCAGCAUCGAGACCGAUCGCGUGUCACGAGACUUUGUGGACUUCCUGAAGACAUUACAGAAGCAGGCCGGCAGAGAAAUCCACAAGCAGAGCCGUGCUUUUAUAGAGAGCAUGGGAAAUAAAAGGGAUCUCGGCGUAGAGGAGCUAUCAGAGUGUGCUCAGGACUUCUACCAAAACAUGUCGGACCGUCUCAUGAAUCAUUAUAAAGGUUCCUCUGAAAAGGUGGACAGGGUGAUGGACCAGGUGGAAAAAUACAUCAUGACUCGACUGUAUAAAAGCGUCUUCUGUCCAGAGACUACUGAUGAUGAGAAAAAAGACCUGGCCACCCAGCACAGGAUUCGGGCCUUGCACUGGGUAACCAUUCAGAUGCUGUGUGUUCCUGUGGAUGAAGAGAUCCCAGAGGUGUCUGAUAGUGUAGUCAAAGCUAUCACAGAUAUCAUUGAGAUGGACUCCAAACGUGUGCCGAGGGAUAAGCUGGCCUGCAUUACAAGUUGCAGUAAGCAUAUCUUCAACGCCAUCAGGGUUACUAAGAAUGAACCAGCCUCUGCCGAUGACUUCCUGCCUACCCUCAUCUUUAUCGUGUUGAAGGCCAAUCCACCCCGGCUGCAGUCAAACAUCCAGUACAUCACACGCUUCUGCAUCCCCUCGAGACUUAUGACGGGAGAGGAUGGAUACUACUUUACCAACUUGUGCUGUGCUGUAGCCUUCAUAGAGAAACUGGACGCCCAGUCAUUGAAUCUUAGCCCUGAGGACUUUGAGCGCUACAUGUCCGGUCUGGCUUCCCCUCGAAGGCCAGAUGAUCCAGCAGCCUGGCCCCAGACCGGCUCCAAUAUUAACCCUGUGGUUAGCCAGAUCCAUCAAAAUCAAAGCAUCCUAUCCAACCUAGAAAAAAGACAGCAGCAGGUCAUAGAGGAGGCAAACAGCCUCCAGACAGAACUGGCAGAAUGGCAGGACAGCGUGGCCCGUGAGGUCCAGGAGAUCUUGGAGAGAUACCCACUGGAGAUCAAGCCUCGGGCAUCUGCGAUCGAUGCAGAAAAUGUGGAAAACGACAGGUUACCACCUCCUCUGCAGCCCCAAGUGUUUGCUGGUUAGAAAACUAAUCUGGGUUGAUAAGCAAAUGUUAAUGCUUACUUUACUCAUUCCAAGAUGGUCAAAAUGUGUUUUUAAAUGAAAUGGCUGCUUUGUCCAAGAUCUCUUACUUCCUGUAAUGUAUGAAUACAGGGAUGUUACCAAUACAUCAGAAAUCCUCAUCUGUUUCCUAAACAAAUUCUUGUAGGAUUGCGUUUAUGUAGCCGAGUUCGAAAGGAAAAGGCUGAGAGACUAAAGCUUUAAAAGACGUGUCAUUAACUUGAUCAACAUUUAAAUACUUUAGCUGUUUUAAAUAACAGAAAGUAGCUGCUAAUAUGUAGUCUUAAUCAGUUUUGAUGUGCUUAUAUCAACAUAUCAGCUUUUCCCAUGCAGAUAAGUCAAUUUCACUGUAGGUUGAUGUUUCCCCACCUUCUGUAUGAAGGUGUUUACUGUGAUCUUUUUUAUGGGUGUAUAAAAUGUACUUUUGCUUGUACUGCAUAAUGAAAACAAUGACGUUAAACCCCGUACAAACUGUUUCCUAACUGUAGCUUUUAAAGUACCUUUGGUGUGUCACACAUGCUUGAUGUAUAAACUUCUAUGGUACCUUUCAAUGAUGGUCAUUCUUAAAUGCUAGGUCAUGUUACCGAUCAGCAAUACUACUGUGCAGAUAUUUGAAGAAUGAACACUAUUUCAUAGGAAUUUGUUUGCAAAACAAAAUGCAUUAUUUGUGUGAAUACAAAUUUUCCACAUAGAUGUACAAUUCUGUAAUGAUAACCAAAGGAUGUACAUUGGAAAAUAACCACUCUUCAACCAAGAUGGAAAUGGCAUUAAUAUCUUUGGCAUUUAAUGUCAGCUUUGCAGAAAACUGUUUAAAUGUGAUGCAGUUUUUAUUUUAAAACCAUGUCCCAACUGUAAACGGUACUUAACAUUAAAUUUGUGUGGAAAUUAUCAGUUUAAUUCCGUUAUGGUGGUUUAUGAUUGUGUUAUAUUAACUAAACUACUUUAUUUAUGGUGUAAAUAUAACAACCUUGAAGUGUGUUGUUCGUAAAUAAUUCAUAAAUCGGAAAUUGAAAGUCUUUUUAGCAAAAUAUGUGGUUAUUAGUAACUUUGAGGUGUGGUCAUUGAGUCCGUAGGGAUCAUAAGAAACACAUUACAUACAUCCAAUUGUAGAAAUCAUCAGUAUAGUAACACUGAUUCACACCAUAAAAUACCAUGGAAAAUAAUAUUUUAAAUGUUGAUGGUCAAUAUUAAUUAUUUUACCAUAAUUAAUAUACAUAAUACAAUAACAUACACUAAAAAGGGUUAAAAUACCCUGUGGUAAGUUCUCCCCAGGAUUGUUCUCAAGGGCUGCCUGUUUACUAACUGUGUAGAAUAUGUCGUUGAGAACAUGUACAAAUAUACACCUAAAAUUCUCAAUGUCAGCCUAAAUGUGCAAUGUCUCAUUGGCUAUAGCCUGAUUUUAACUGUUCAAAUUGUAAUAUUUUGUAAAAUGUUAAUAAGAGACUCGUUUAAAGAUCUAUCUCAUCCUAAACAGAUCUGCAGCCCCCCCCAAACCCGAGUCUCGUACGAUACUUCUA